CCACUCCUCUGCCUUCUAUCCUCGCUUCCACCAUCAGCCAGCUGCACACCUCCUUCAUCCGCUACUAAACGACAGUGGCCAACGCAUAGAGCCAAGGCUCGGGCACGUUAGUGUGCAUCUACGUGCUUUCCAGUGCAAUCUACAUCUGUCUUUCCCAAGUUCUUUCUCCUAAUCGCCCUCUUAUUCACAUAAAAAGUCGAUCGACAUGGACGGCAUUCUCGAUUUUGAACACGAGUUUGACGUCAACCUAUUCGAUCGGGUCAUCUAUGCACUCUUCAACGGCUCUGGUGCUGAGCAAGCUGAAGCACAGAGAGUGCUGACUCUCUUCCAGGAGCACCCCAGCGCUUGGCAGCGUGUACCGUACAUUCUCUCAACAACCACAAACCAACAUGCCCAGUAUCUGUGCUGCAACAUUCUCGACAAGCUUAUCCAAACUCGUUGGAAGGCACUGUCUGUAGAGCACCGACAAGAUAUUCGGAGCUUCAUCACAACCGUUAUCAUCGCUACCUCAGAAUCCGAGGAGAAGCUUCGCCGAGAACGUUUAUAUCUGCACAAGCUCAAUUUGUUGCUUGUCCAGAUCCUCAAGCAAGACUGGCCAAAAGACUGGCCCGACUUCCUCCCCAUGAUUGUUCAGUCCUCGCGACAAAACUUAAACAUGUGCGAGAACAACAUGCAAAUUCUUCGCCUGCUCAGUGAGGAGAUCUUCGAUUAUUCUGCCGAGCAAAUGACACAGCAAAAAACUCGAAAUCUCAAGCAACAGAUGUGCGGCGAGUUUGGCCAGAUAUUCGAGUUGUGCCAAGAAGUGCUACAACGCUCGACGAAGGGGAGUCUCGUCCGGGCGACCUUAGAGACACUACUUCGCUUCCUUAAUUGGAUACCCCUUGGGUACAUUUUCGAGACCCAACUCAUCGAUUCCCUUAUCACCCGGUUUUUGGAAGUUCCCGAAUUCCGUAAUAUCACUUUGAAGUGCCUGAGCGAGAUCGCUGGCCUUCACAUUACAGCCGAAUACAAUCGGCACUUCGUUCAUCUGUUCACUCAGACAAUGUCGUCUAUGAACCGAAUGAUACCUCCCACUACCGAUAUUGCUGCAGCUUAUUCUACUUCUACCGACGCGGGGCAGGACCUUGUUUUCAACUUCACUCAGUUCCUGACCGGCUACCUCACUGCUCAUGGGCGACUGUUGGAAAAUCCCGAGAAUGCGGCUGUCCUCACGAAUGCACAUGGUUAUCUCAUCAAGCUGUCACAGGUGGACGAACGUGAGGUCUUCAAGAUGUGCCUGGAAUACUGGGGCAAACUUGUCAGUGAACUAUACGACGAGAUGACUGCUCUGCCUCUUCGUGACGGCACUGCGGCUUUCGGCGCGCUCAGCUUGGGUGGUCCUCCUGUUAUUGGCCAGAUUAGUGGUCGCAGAGCCCUCUACGACCAAAUCCUAUCGCAGCUCCGCCUUGUGAUGAUUGAAAAGAUGGUCAAGCCGGAGGAAGUUCUCAUCGUAGAGAACGAAGAAGGCGAAAUCGUCCGCGAAGUCAUGAAGGAGACGGACACCAUUGCACUGUAUAAAUCAAUUCGAGAGGUGCUCAUCUACCUCACUCACUUGGACGUCAUGGAUACCGAGAAUGUCCUGACCGAGAAGCUCGCGAAGCAGGUAGAUGGUAGCGAGUGGUCGUGGAACAAUCUGAAUACACUCUGCUGGGCUAUAGGCUCUAUCUCUGGAUCGAUGGACGAGGAGACUGAAAAACGGUUCUUGGUGACUGUCAUCAAGGACUUGCUUGGCUUGUGCGAAAUGAAGCGUGGCAAGGACAACAAGGCCGUCGUCGCGUCGAACAUCAUGUACAUCGUCGGCCAAUAUCCUCGCUUCCUUAAGGCACACUGGAAGUUCUUGAAGACGGUGGUCAACAAGUUGUUUGAAUUCAUGCACGAGAUGCAUGAAGGCGUCCAGGAGAUGGCCUGCGACACGUUUAUCAAGAUCGCACAAAAGUGCCGCAGGCAUUUCAUCCUGCAGCAGCCAGGCGAGACAGAGCCGUUCAUCGAUGAAAUCUUGCGCACCAUCUAUCGUAUCACGAACGAUCUCAAGGAGGCUCAGAUGCAUACUUUCUAUGAGGCAUUAGGUUACAUGAUCGCCUCCCAGCCGAAUAAAAACACGCAGGAUGCGUUGAUCCGUCAAAUGAUGGAGUCCCCGAAUCAGGCAUGGACGGGGGAGAUGCAGCUCGCGCGCCAAGGUAUCAAUAUUGUCGUUGAUCCUGAGCAUGCCAAGGUUCUGUCCAAUGUGCUCAAGACGAACGUGGCUGUCUGCGUGUCCCUCGGAAGCUUCUACUGGACUCAAUUGACGUACAUCUGGAACGAUCUUCUGGCCGUCUACAGAGCUGCAAGCUCGGCAAUCAGUGAGGCGGUCGCCACAGGCGGACCUCAAGCCGUCCAUAUGCAGAAUGUCCGUACGUGCCGUACGGUGAAGAAGGACGUCUUGCGCUUGAUCGACACUUUCAUUCGCAAGGCUGAGGACCUGGACCAGGUCAAUCGGACUCUUGUCCCUCAACUGUUCGAGGCCGUCCUCUCUGAUUAUCGCGAGGUUCUCCCCGCUGCUAGGGACGCCGAAGUGAUCAACGUUGUGCACACCGUAGUGUCUCGUCUUGGGAACGGUGCUGUGGACUACAUCCCAGGUAUUAUUGAAUCUAUUUUCGAGCCGACUCUCGCCAUGAUCAGCGAAAAUGAAACGGAUUUCCCCGAACAGCGCCUGGCCGUGUUCAAGCUGCUGCGGGCAAUCGAUGCCUACAGCUUCGAGGGUCUGCUCAAGCUACAGCCGAGCAGCCUGUACAAUGUUCUCAACAGUAUUGGCUUUGCCUUCAAGCAUAUGCAGAGAGAUGUUGCCGAGGUCGGCCUUUCGAUUUGUCUUGAUGCCAUCAACAACUUUUCUGGUGCUUCUGCCGACAUCUCCAACGCGUUCUUCACGAGCUACUACAUGACUAUUCUCGGUGACAUUCUGCAAGUGCUGAGCGACUCAGACCACAAGAGCGGGUUCAAGGGCCAAUGUGGUGUUCUGCAGCGGCUGAUUCAGCUCGUCAUUGCUAAUGAAAUCCACACACCACUGUUCGACUCUUCUCAGAUCCCUGCCAAGACCAACGAAGAGUUUGUUCGCAAUCAGCUGACGACGAUGCUCAAGUCUGCGUUCGGCCACAUGUCACCGAUACAGAUUGAACAAUUCGUCCAGAAUCUGUGGGAUUUCAGCGCAGACGGCGCGCGGUUCAAGCUCGCAGUGCGCGACUUUUUGAUCACGCUUAAGGAAUUUGCAGGCGACAAUGCUGAGCUAUACCGGGAAGACAAGGAGAUGGAGGUGCAGAAGCAGCGUGAGCUGCAGAUGCGCGUACCAGGCAUGGUCAAGAACGAUUCGAUGGACGAUGAGGAGUGAUAGAAUCAAUGUCGGAUGGGUUGACGGUCCGGAUUCGCAAGAUGGAAAGCAGAUUGAAGAAGGCCUCCCCUCUCUUACUCAUCUAUUAACGAAACGCAUCCUGCUGCAUAUCUCUAUCUCACUCUGCCUACUCGUGCCUAUGCUGCUGUAUAGCGUUUUAUUUCUUGCUAUGAUGCCGCAACUGACUCGCUAGCUCCAGAUGGUAGCUGCUACUGUAUGAAUGGACCACACGAUCGCUCUGUACACCUGUUAGUUGUCAAUGAAUGGUUU